UGAGCAUAAUAACCCUAAGGAAGGGGAGUGGUUAUCUCUGAGACAAGUUGCCACCUCUCACUUCCUGGAGUAAAUGCUUUUCAAAUAUAUGGAGAUCAAAACAGAGCAGCACUCUGAACCUCUGAAUCUUUGGCACAGCUCUCCAGAGAACACCACACCUAAAGAUUUCACUUGCUGCAGCUGAACAUGUUUCUGUGGUCUUGUCUGACACCUUUCCUGCUGAUAACAGUUCAACUAUGCAAAGGAUCCCCAGACCAAAGAUGUGAGGAAUUCACAGAUCUAGACUUAACUCAUGCCCUCAUCGGCACAAGCCUCAGAAUCAGGCUGCUGCUUUACACCAGGCACAAUGACAGCUGUGGGGUGGUCCUGUCCCACACCAACCUGGCAGAGCAUCCCGAGUUUAACAUGUCCAACCCCACCACCUUCAUCAUCCAUGGCUAUCGGCCCACAGGAUCUCCCCCGAUAUGGUUGAGCAACUUCACAAAGAGGCUGUUGGCCAGGCAAGACAUGAAUGUUGUGGUAGUGGACUGGAACUCUGGGGCUGCUAAUGUUAAUUAUUUUAAGGUGGUUGAGAAAACAUACAAAGUGGCAGACAGCCUCACCGCUUUCAUUAAAAUGAUGCAGGAGCACGGCACUUCUCUAAGUGCGAUUCACAUGAUUGGAGUCAGUCUUGGAGCCCAUAUUUCCGGUUUUGUGGGAGCAAAUCUUAACAGUUCAAUCGGAAGAAUAACAGCUCUUGAUCCUGCCGGACCUACGUUCACUGGCAAACCUCCAGAAAUGCGACUGGACCAGACAGACGCUCAGUUUGUUGAUGCGCUGCACACAGACAUUGACUUUCUGGGCUUCAGGGCACCAUUGGGCCACAUUGAUUUCUAUGCUAAUGGAGGAACAGACCAGCCUGGCUGUGCGAAGACUGUGCUAUCACGUGACUACUUCAAAUGUGACCACCAGAGGUCUGUGUUGCUUUUCUUGGACACUAUAUAUGAGGCAUGCCCCAGUCCAGCAUUCCCCUGUUCCUCCUAUGAAGAUUUUCUGGAUGGAAGAUGCAUGAGCUGUGACCACUUUGGUGAAGCUGGUUGUCCUGUCUUUGGCUACGAAGUUAUACGGUGGAAGGAUGUCCUCAGUCAACUGAGCCAAACAAAGUACUACUUUAACACAAACUCAGACUCUCCAUAUUGCUUGACAAACUACAGAGUAGAUGUGAUGAUUUGGAAUCAGAAGGCACAGAAGGGAUACAUGGAUAUUAAAAUCAGCGACGGUGUUAAUGAGGCAGUGGCAAUCAUUGAACAUAAAGCAACACAGUUCAUGAAGGACACAGAGAUCACAAUGCUUGCUAUGUUCAAUAGAAACAUUCAGUCAGUGAAAAAAGUCUCUAUCAAAUACUACUCUGGAGUGGGGUGUAAUUCCAAAGGCAAGCUUCGGGUUCUGAGAAUCCGUUUCACACCCCUGGAUCGCAAAAAGAAGCCUCUUUGUCGUUACGACAUUCUUCUUGUUAAUAAGAAAGAGUUCACAUUCAGGCCUAUUCCAUGUGAAGAAACCUCGUCCUGAAAUCAAGCUGAAACCUCAAUCAAGAACUUUCAUGAGGAAGAGUCCUCUGGUUCCUCAGUUUCUUUAGGACGGGUUGGAAAAUUAAUAAGGAUCCCAAAUGAAAAGGCACCAACUGGUCAGUCAAGUUUUCUAAAAAAAAAAAAAAAAAAAUAGAAAUGUGUCAUAUUCUGAAAACUGUAUAUUUGUUUCAAAGAAAAAAAAAGGUACAUAGUUGUAUAGGAUGUGUAUAAAUAUUUCAUAUAAAGAAAAACUGGACUACAUUUAUAUUUCAAUUUUUAAAAGUCAAACUAAAUACAUUUUUAUUUUCUCAGUAAAAAUAUCUGGCCUCUGAGUUUUAUUUACAUUUUUUUAAUAAUAUUUUGUAUUAAGUAAAUGUUUCUUCGUUUCAUAUGUUUGCCUUUGAUAACUUCACCAGGAUUAUAACUUCGUAUUAGGAUGCCACUGACUGACACUGAUUGACAGAUAAGCUGCUGGUAGCGCAUCAGAAAAACUAUUUCAGUCCAGCUUUCUUCAGCAUCAAUGCUGGUUUAACUUCAGAACUUUCGCUGUUUCAGCUUAUGAUGCCAAAAAUAUUUUUCUGUGUUUGAAUGAAUACAUUUAUUUGUUCUUGCUACAACCAAAAAUAUAAUAAGCAUCUUCCUCACAUCACAACAUUGGUUACAUUAGCAAAGAAAUAAAUGAGCUGCUCAGGUUCAGCCCAAAAGACAAAUGUAUCAUGCAACUUGCUUUGGAUAAAUGUGCUCAAACUUGAAUACUUCCUGGAAUGAAACAUCCUAAUCAAGACUUUUUGUCCCCAAAACCAAUUUGAGCCAUUUCAGAUCAGACAUUCGCUGAUAACUAAGAAAUGUGUGUUUCCUCAAAAUUUUUUAUCUUGUAACAAUAAAAAAAAGGAAAAACGUGCAUAACCCUCUUUAGCCUAGUCACCAAUGUGAUCACACACUCCUGUGGGAUGGUAUGGAAUUCUAUUCCAGUAUUUUUCACAAGUUAACCAAUGUGUUUGUAUAUUGAUUGGUUGAAUCACAUGGUAUUACAGUAUGAUCAAUUACUCACUACUUGAGUAAACCUUUUAUUUUUACUUGAGUGAAAAUAUGUUGAAAUAGUGCUGCUCCUUACUCAAGUACACUCUGUGGGUACUCUACCCAACUUUGUCCACAAGUGUUCACAAGUGGCCUGGCCAUUCCAUCCUUUCUACUCUCAAAUUUUGGAUGUUGCCCCUCUGAUAAAUCCCACUCCCAGGAAGUGAGUAUUGACAUAUUGUAGGAUAAAAUUUAUUCCCUAAAAUGGGAUUGUCACUGCUUAUAUUGUAAAAUCUCUCUGCAUUGAGAUUGUCCCCAAUAUGUCAGGCUCAACCCAAAAACUCAGUUUGUAGGAUGAGAAUCAGUGUGAAAAAACAAAGAAAUAUUCAAAGUGGACACAAAUUUGCCUAAUUUUUGUGUCAAAUAUUCACUCAGGUUAAGAAAAUCAAAUCGUGCGCGUGCAUAAAAAUCCAGUAUCUUUUGUGUCCCACUUUAGUGGCACUGUCUGUCAUUUUCUUGAGUAACAUAUUUAUUUUCCAAACAGGAAUUUCUGGAGGACAGCCUCAUUAGGCAAAUCCAACAUAGAGUUAACUGGCAUGUAAAGCUACUUCAGUCUUCUGACAGCUUGCCACCUAAAACGUGAUUAUAUUUAAAAUUUGUUUGCCUACUGUCUUCAUUAAAGUUAUGCCUUGCUCCCAGUUUGGUCAAAUGUUAGGCUAACAUUAGCAUGUUUAUUCUCUGGUUUAAUAUGACUUGAUAGUACUUUGGUUGUAACAUAUUUCAAUCCAGUUUCAGCUGGUCAAAACGUAGCCAUGAAGCAAUCUGGGAGUUGAUUUUAGCCAGGGAUUAUAAUUUCAAUCAAUUUUAAAAAGCCUUUAUUUGGGCACCACCUAGAUCCCUGAGACUGGAUUGAGACAUUUCAGCAAUGACUCAGUGUUUUAUAUGCACUUUGUAACCUUAUUCAACUGCCUAACUGAGACUUGGAGUGAAUCAACCACCUCAGAGAUACUUUUAAUAAUAAGCUGUCCAUUGAAAAAGAUUAUUUUCAUGUUCAGUUUCUUUAGAAAGUUAGAUAAAGCAUAUGUAACAACAGAAGCCCUUGCCCUUGAUCCAGUCCUUCUUGUUCAUUUCGACAUGUGCUUCUUCAUCCGCUGGAUUUCCAUCUUAAUCAAAGAAAGACACAGUAACAGAUAUCAGAUAUUAUUACUUCAAACCUAAUCUCAGUUUUAAAA